GGAAAAUGCAAUUAGAUCGGUCGGUUCUCGCACACGAUGAAUUACCAAUUAUAAAAGAUAUCGACCUACAGUCCUACGGUUAAUCUAUCUUCCCCUCGAUAGGAGAAACAUUAAUCAAGUAGUAUCUCUUCCCGCAUAGCGCGUUAGAUUUCUGUGCUCAAGUGCUUUUCGAAUCCACUUUGUUAUUUUCAUUUUUUUAUUGGUGGUGAUAUAUUUUUUUUUUUUAAUAUUUUCAAAAUGCGUGUAGCAAUCAUUGGUGGUGGUGCUGCGGGACUUUCUUCUGCUAAGCACGUUAAGGCAGCAGGUCACGAUUGCCUGCUCUUCGAGAUGGCAGCUCAAGUUGGUGGAACUUGGGUUUACACUGACGAUGUAGGAAAGGAUAAAUAUGGAUUUCCAGUGUAUUCUGCUAUGUAUCAAGAACUGAGAACUAACCUUCCAAAAGAAGUCAUGGGUUUUCCAGACUUUCCCAUACCUGAUCAGAAUAAAUCGUAUCUGACUCAAGCUGAAAUUUUGGAAUUUCUGACCCAAUAUGUGGAGCACUUUGGACUUCAACCGAUUAUAAAGACCAAUCACAUGGUUUCAGAAAUUAGGCCUUUGGAAGGGGAUAGAUGGCAAAUAACGGCCAUCUACAAGCCAACAAAUACAAAGGUUGUGCAAGAGUUUGAUUCUGUCAUUAUUUGUAAUGGACAUUAUAAUCAGCCAACAAUUCCAAAAUUCGAAGGACAAGAAAAGUUCAAAGGUGAAAUAUUCCACAGUCACAAGUAUCGAAGUGCAAAGCCGUUUGCGGGACUCAGAGUUCUUGUGGUCGGCGCCGGACCAUCUGGAUUGGAUAUGGCCCUCCAUAUAUCCAAGGUUGCAGAAAAGGUUGUACUCAGUCACCACGUCAAAGAAGCCAAAGGCAUGAAUUUCAUUGAACAGAAGCCUGAUAUUCGUCGUAUACUUGACGAAACAAUGGUAGAGUUUGUGGACGGAACUUCGUGUUGUUUUGACUGUAUACUUCUUUGUACAGGCUUCAAAUACAGUUUUCCAUUCCUCCAUCAAUCUUGCGGUAUUACAGUAACUGACAAUCACAUCCAACCUCUGUACAAGCACAUGAUCCAUAUUGAAAAGCCCACGAUGUGUUUUAUUGGCAUACCUUUCAACGUUUGUGCCUUCCAAAUGUUCGAUUUACAGGCAAGGUUUUAUUGUAAAUAUCUGAAUGGUUCGAUGAUGUUGCCUUCAAAAGAAAUGAUGCACCAUGAUACUGAAGAAGAUAUGCGAAUACGUUGGGAAAAAGGAUACAGUAGACGCCAAGCACAUAUGAUGGGUCCUGACCAGCAAAAAUAUUAUGACGACUUAGCCAAAAUGGCCAAUACUGAACCAAUUGCUCCAGUAAUAAUCAAACUUAGGGAUCACAGUGUCAAAAGGCUCUAUGAAGAUCUCAACAACUUCAGAGAAAAUAGAUAUAAAAUUGUGGAUGAUGAUACUUAUGUGAAGGUGCAAUAAUUCGCUUAUAAUACACAAAUCGCUGUUACUUAAGAAUAUAUCUGGCCUUAUAUCCUGCUAUAUUUCUUCUUAUUCUUUAUUUUUUUACUGUAAUAUUUAUGUAUUUAAUUAAAUUAUUGAUAACA